CAUUUGCCACUCUGGAUCUCUAAAGCAGAUAAAUUAAAAACAUAACCAGUACACCUAAAUUAAAAAAGUAAAUAACAUCAGACUUUCACAAUACUUUAUAUUUCAAUUUAAAUAUUUUUCGUCUAAUUAAUAUAUCAAAAAUGUUAUCUGUUUAUCGAAAUUAUGUAGUGUCCCACCGCAACGUAAAUUGGCGGUUUAUUUGUGGUAGUACAAGUAUAGUGUUAAAAGAAAACUUACCGGCGACAGCUUACAAACCAGAACUUGUAGAAAGAAAUAAAUAUAAGAAAUGGGAAGAGAGCGAUUUAUUUACACCUGAAAACAGUAGUAGAAAACCAAUUUUCAGUAUGGUUCUACCACCACCAAAUGUUACUGGAAAAUUACACUUAGGUCAUGCUUUAGCUUGUACGGUACAAGAUGUUAUUGUAAGGAGACAGAGGUCCUUAGGCCAUAAUGUUCUCUGGCUACCAGGUACAGAUCAUGCUGGUAUUGCUACACAGGGUGUAGUUGAGAAAUAUUUAAAAAGCACACAAAACAUUAACAGACAUGAAAUUGGCAGAGAGAACUUUGUCAAAGAAGUAUGGAAAUGGAAAGAAAAAUAUGGCAACACCAUCUAUGAUCAAUUGAGGACUUUGGGUGUAUCUUUGGACUGGUCCCGACAGACUUUCACUAUGGAUACAAAACAUACAAAUGCUGUAAACACAGCAUUCAUAAGAUUAUUCCAGAAAGGUUUAAUUUAUAGAAAAAAAGCUUUAGUCAAUUGGUGUAAUGCAUUAAAGUCAACAGUGUCAGAUAUAGAAGUUGAUAAUAUUAGUAUAAAUGAGCCAAAAGACAUAGUGUUGCCAGGCUAUGAUAAGCCAGUAAAGUUUGGCUUAAUUUAUAAUUUUGCAUAUAAAAUAUAUGAUAGUAAUGAAGAAAUUGUGGUCUCUACAACUAUGCCUGAGACUAUGCUAGGUGAUACAGCUAUUGCUAUUCAUCCAAGUGAUAACAGGUACAAACAUCUUGUGGGUAAAAAGGCAGUCCAUCCAUUCAGGGAAAAUACAAUACCAAUUAUAGCUGAUGACUUUGUUGAUAUGGAUUUUGGUACUGGUGCUGUCAAAAUAACUCCAGCACACAGCAAAGUAGACUAUGAUAUAGGAAAACAUCAUCAUUUGCCACUGCUGCAGGUAAUAGGCGAAGAUGGUCGCAUUAUAAAUUCAGGCAAGUUCGAUAAACUACAUAGAUAUGAAUGUCGACAAGUACUGGUGCAAACAUUAGACAACCUGGGACUUUUAAAACAGGUAAACCCACAUCAAAUGACUUUGCCAACAUGCAGCAGAACUGGUGAUGUUAUUGAAUAUUUGCCAAAGGAACAAUGGUUCUUGUCGUGCAGUCAGUUAAAUGAAAAAGCAUCUGAAUAUGUCAAGAAUGGAAAAUUGAGGAUUGAGCCGGAGAAAUUUAUUAAAACCUGGUUACAUUGGACGAGUGACGAUAGAGAUUGGUGUAUAUCUAGACAACUAUGGUGGGGCCACCAAAUACCAGCCUAUAAAUGUAGCGUCGAAAAAGACGUCAUUUGGAUAGCAGCUUCUGACGAGGCAGCAGCAAAAAUACAAGCAUCCAAAUAUUUGAGAACACUACCAGAUUCAAUUGUUACUGAAAGAGACACAGAUGUUUUAGACACUUGGUUUUCAUCAGGCAUAUACCCUUUUGCAUCGUUAGGUUGGCCAGACCAUCAUGAAAAUGAAGAUUAUAAACGAUUCUAUCCAUUAAGUUUAAUGGCAACUGGGCACGAUAUAUUAGGUUUCUGGGUUAACAGAAUGGUCAUUCUUGGCUUGGAAUUAACAGGCAAACUGCCAUUUAGCAAUGUCCUAUUACAUGGCAUUAUUUGUGAUACUAAAGGCGCCAAGAUGUCUAAAAGUAAAGGCAAUGUAAUAGACCCUAUUGAUAUUAUUAAUGGGAUAUCAAUGGAAAAGCUCAAAGAAAAAGCUGAAGAUAUGCACAAACAAGGAGUAUUAACCAAGGAUGAAGUUAAAAAAGCUUUAGAUUAUCACAAAACUAAUUUCUCUGGAGCAAAAGGUAUCCCUGAAUGUGGCGUGGAUGCAUUAAGAUUCACACUGCUUUCACAAGACAUAAAAUCGCAUUUUGUAAGUUUUGAUGUUUACCAGUGUCAUGCAAACAAACUGUUCUGUAAUAAAAUCUGGCAGAGCAUAAAGUAUAUGCAGCUAUCAUACGCAAAAUUAAAAGUAUACGAGGGUAGUAUAACACAAGAAGAUUUGACACACUUCGAUAAAUGGAUCCUUAGUAGAUUGUCUAAUAUGGUUGAAAUUGUUAACAGAUCCAUGGAUGCAUAUGAUUUCCAUUUAGCAACUAAAGCUCUAAGAACAUUUAUUUAUAAUGAAUUUUGCGAUAUUUAUUUAGAAGCUACGAAACCUGGGUUUGAUGAUAACGUAAAAAUGGGCUACGCUCAUGCACACACGUUGUCGGCUGUAUUGAAUACAUCGCUACGGAGUCUCGCUCCAUUUAUGGUUUACAUUACAGACGAAUUAAUACCAAAGAUACCUGCAUUCGAAAACAAUAUUAUUUACAAUUUCAACGACGCCACAUGCAAAUAUUUGGAAUUUCCAAAAACAGAAGACUUUGAAAUAUGGAAGAAUGAAAGUUUAGAGAAACAAACCAAUAGAUUAUUAGGUGCUAUUAAUCUAGUCAGGGAAUUGAAAGGACUGUACAAUAUUUCUAAUAAAUCUAAACCCUCUAUAAGUGUUAAAACGUUAGACGAAUCUCUAGUGAAUGAUAUUGAAAACAUAAAACCUGUAGUGUUACAUUUAACACGUUGUAGUGACUUGGUAUAUAAGAAAGAUCAUAAUAAAAAUUACGUAAGAGGUAUAUUAGAUAAGGAUACAGAAUUAUUUAUUGAAAUCGUAGGUGAUAACAUUGAAAAUACAAUUUUAUCAGCAAGGAAUAGACUUGAGAAAAAAAUUAAAAAAAUAGAGGAAAGUUUAUCGAAAUUGGAGGAGAAGUGUUCGAGCACUCAUUAUUUGAACACUGUGCCAGAGUGGACGCAAAUUUUAGAUAGGGAGAAAUUGCUGACGAAAAAACAAGAAUUACAGCAUUUACAAAGACUGAUAUAAUAUUUUUUUAUAUACUAUAAGUAUACAUUAAUUUAUAUUAAAUUGUUAUUGUAUAUAAAUUGUUAUAUUUCGUGUUAUUUUAGUUAUGUAAAAAAUAAAGUAACUCCUUUUAAGUAAAUAGGUAUUAG